AUGACAAGACAACAGGCUAUUGACUAUGCGACAAAGCAGAUUCCGCAGAUAUUGCCCCUAGAAGAAUCCGAUGUUAGAGCAUUGUGCGAGCAAGUGCUGAGCACGUCAUCUGAUAAUCCAGAGCAGAUUGCUUCAAAAUUUCUAGAGUUUCUGGGGCACGAAGAUUUGUCCUUCGAGUUUGUAAUGAGAUUUAACGAAAUGUUGGCCCAGUCUAAUAAAAAAGUGGUAAAGAAUACAAAAAACGCACAGGUCGAACAGACUAGAGAAGCACCCUCUGCAUCUAAUAUUAAGCCAAAGCAGCACAUUAGUCCUGACUCUAUAAACAUACCUAGAGUUGAACAACCAAAAAAAAAGCAGGAGGAAAAGAAAUAUUCAGCGAAUCAGCCUACCAUGCAGCCGUCGAGUCAAGCUGUUAAGGCUCAACCAAAGAAGGAGAAAAAAGAGCAUAAAACUAAGCAAAAAUUGCAAUCGCUGCAAGAAAUUGACGACGCUAUAAAAAUACUAGAGCUCCGAGGUAGCGGUUUAUCUGAUCAAACUUGUCAUUGCCAAGGUGCAAGACAUCCAGUUUUUGAAAUAGCACCAAACUGUCUUCAUUGUGGUAAAGUGAUCUGUGUUAAAGAGGGAUUGAAUAGAGGUAAAUGCGGUCACUGUGGUGAACCACUCAUAUCUGAGGAAGAGAAAGUACAAAUGACGAAGAUUUUGAAUAAUGAGAAAGACGAACUGAACGAUCCUUCAUCAUUAUCCAACGCUUCAAAUGGUGCUAAUGUCACAAAAAAAAAAAGUAAAAGUUAUAAGAUAACUUCCGGUAUGGGUAAAAAUUUAUUUGCUGAACAAGACAAAUUAUUUGAUUUCAUUGAAAGGAAAAGGGAAAGAGAAAGAAAGCGCAAUGAAGUGUUAAAAUUGCAGGAAAAGCAAAAAAAUAAUAGCUCAAAAGAAGAAAAACUUGGCGAGCAGGAGAAUCCAGCGGAGGAAAAUCCAGAGUUGUUAGCUGCACAAGAACGGUUGGAUAGACUGUUACAUUUCCAGGACACUUCCGCAGAGAGAACAAAAAUUAUAGAUAAUGCUAGUGACUUCAGUAUGAACCAGGAGGUUGGGUUAUGGGGCAGUACAAGAGAAAGAGCUCUUGCUCUAAAAAAGCAACAGCGUAAUUUGAGAAAAUGGGAGAAAGUGGAAAAGGAACGUAAUGGUAAGGGUGACAAAUACGUUGUCAGCAUGAACAUAGGCCCCAAUGGCAAAGUAACCAUGACAGAGGUUCCCAAGGACACAAAAAACGUGGUUGCAGAUUCAGAUGAUAAUUUCAGUGGUCUAAGCGACGAAGAAGACAUCAACGACCUGAAACACAUACACGCUUUGAAGGAUGAAAUAAGUACCACAAAAACCAUGGAGAAUUCGCAUUUGCAGUCUAAAAUGUGGGAUUCUGAACGUGAUAAGAAGCAAUUCGAUAGGCCUACGUAUGUGAGCAGAAAUGCGAAUGGCGUGCAAAGUGGAAAGAAAGAACAAUCUCAUGAUGUUAAAGAUCAUGAUUUGAAAUCAAGAGUUCAAGUCGAUCAAAAUGUAGAAGCUUCUUUAGAACAAAACAUUCUCGCGGUACUUUGA